AUGGCUGAUAAACAAAAAGUAGAUCUUGGUUUGUUGGAAGAGGACGAUGAAUUUGAAGAAUUUCCCGCUGAACAUUGGGGAACAGAAGAUGCUGAUGAUGAAGAUGUGUCGGUAUGGGAAGACAACUGGGAGGAUGAUAUAGUGCAAGAUGAUUUUAGCCAACAGUUAAGACAACAGCUGGAAAAGCUCCGAGAGCAGAAUAAAACA